AUGGACAGAACCACCGCCGUCGCCAUCAUGGCAACUCUCACUGCAGGUUCGAUGGUGGCACUCGAGUACCUACGGUGGUCUGAAUCGCGACAGAAGUCCGAAGCAAUCUUGGCCUCUGCUAAGAUUACACCAGAGGUUUCUGCAGCACCUUCCGAUAAGCAAGACAAGAGCGAGGAUAAGAGCGAGGACAAGAGCGAGAAAGAGAAACAGAUCGAUAUAUCCCCGGACCGAAGCUCGAUGAUUACCAGGAACAAUGAAGAUCAAUACUUGCUCGGUGCAAGACUCGUCAAGUCACAGUACGACCAACACUGUUCGUGCGAUGAGCACGCGGAACACCUGUACUUCAACUGGCCAUACUCUUGCCACAUUCAACACAAAAAGGAUGAUGUCGUCGUCAAAGUCGGUUCGAGGCCCAAACUAGACGGCGGUUUCGGAAAUCCACCUUACGAGAGCCUAUCACUUGCCAAGUGUACCAUCGAAUACUUCUCCAGGGCGCAGAAAGACAUGGACAAGAAACAAGAGAAGGCACUUGAUCAAUGGAAGUCAUCCUGGGAGCGCACUCGUGCACUUGAGAUGUUGGCCAAGGAGGACGUCCGUGGCAAAGAGACGGACUUUCUUACGACGUGGAUGGUUGAGCAGCUCAACGAGUUGUUCUUCUUUGGUGCUAUCAAAGACCUUGAGGUUCACUGGAACACAAAAGAGCUGGACAAACAGGACGGAUUGUUGGGCGAUGCCGCUGUCAAGCCCAAGGAUGGACAUGACCGCUCCACCAUCCGGCUGCAUCCAACCCGCCGUUGCUACAUCAAAUCCGAGUAUGUACGUCAAGGCAAAACACUCGCUGAAGAACGCAUUGGUUGUAUCUUACACGAGCUGUUACACAUCUUUGUCGUGCAGUAUAUGUGUGAUUACUGCACGAGGUGGGAGAACCGGCUCUCUCAUGGACGAGCCUGGCAGCGCAUUGCGAAGGCUAUCGAGGAACAGAGCUUGCGCUUGUUGGGCGUGGAAGUCGACAUUGGUCGCUUGGACGCUAUGCUUGCUGAUAGGCGUGAAUGGGACGAUACUCGUAAUAGUCUGCAUGACUUGGAGUCUUGGGGAUUCUGGAAGCGAUAG